AUGCGCGCCGCCUAUCUCAUUCUACUAGCUGCGAUCACGUUCUUCGCAAGUGGUUCCGCAGCGGACCAGACCCAGUUGACCACCUUCACCAGAGGUAUCGACGCUCGCCCUAUCGGAUCGACUGAAGUCGACAGCAAGAGAUUCCUGCGCAGACGCAAGCACAGCGAAGAUGAAGCUGCGGAGGACGAAGAGAGAGCCGGGUCUAUGGACGACGUCGUUGCGAAGCUCGCGGGCCUGGUGCCGACGCUGAGCAAAGUACGCAAGUCUACUGUCGCCAAGGGCAUGGCCUACCUGCAGCAAACCAGGCUUUCUAGCCAUCAGCGGGAGGCUAUCCAAGCUUUCCUUGCUCUUGAUGAGAGCGGGCGCCAGGCUGUCAUGAAGGCCUUGGCUGGUAAGCGCUUGUAG